AUGGGUUGUGGGUCAUCUGGAACUGUCGCUGCCGUGACUGAGGAUAUGACCAAUGGUGUGACAAAAGCACCUAACGGCGCUGGACUGAACGGUCAUCAUCACGAUGAUAGUGAUGACCUGCCUACAGUGGUGCUACCUGAUACGCCUGUAAAGCCGAAACCUCCUGUAGCAUUCGAGAUCCCUUUAGAAGAGUUCGAUGGUCCUAAGCGACAGAUGACGCCACCAGCUCACUUGCAGAGGUUGCUUCAAGCUCCUCAACCUGACCUCAGCCUGCCUGACAUUGAGGAAAAGUUGGCUGAAGCUGAGCAGAGGAGGCUAUCUGAACAUUUGGAGACAAAACAUGUGAUGAACUCUCUAACGAUUCCUCCAGAGUCUGAGGCGUGCGAGGAUAGAAAUAUUUGA